GUGAACGAUUGAUUGUUUUACCUUCUCUGUUCAAUGUGGAAACGUAGCAGUUCGGUUUUCAGCGUCUCUGUUUUGCCGAUUAACCCACAGAUGUGUUACAACCGUAAUUCGCUAAGACAUACUACGGUUCCAGAUUCAUUCAUGGUCGUAAAUUUAUCGUCAUAAGAAUUACACAAACAAAACAGCUGACGUCUGCUAGUAUCUACUACUUACUAGUCUACUUGGAGUGAUUGAUUCAUUGCUUAGAGAAACAUUUAAUUUUCUAUUCAGUAUGGAAUAUUAUGUAUACUUAAUAAUCGUGUUUGCUGUGUUGCUAAAAAUUGGUUUUUACAUGUGUUGGUACCAGUCUCGCCGGAAUCGGGAUAAUCAAGGUACUCUUGUUAGAGUAAUCAUGCCUGAUGGAUCAGUACGAAACAUGGCAGUUAGAGGAAGAGCUCAGGCAAUCAGUGGCCAGGUAUCUCGGAAUAGAACCAUAUACCAGUAUGAUAACCCUGUACAGGUUGUUAGUGGUGAGAUUCCAACCACAACCACUUCAAGAAGUACAGUAGCAAUGCCAAGCACAGUUUUCCAGAAUCCGCCAUCAUAUCCUGCUACACAAGAAAACAAAUCUAUACCUGAUGAUUUACCACCAGCUUAUUCUGAACUGUACCAUAACAGAGCUGAUAACUGUGUAGUCGCAGCCCCUAGUGGCAGUUUAGUGCAGCAGUCAACAUAUGGAAUUGAAAAUCCACCUGCCUACUGUCCAAGCACCCAAGAACUACCUGCAUUCCCUGCUGAGAUAGCACCACCUCAACCUCCUGUAGCGAUGUCACAAGAAGCGACUCAAACAUUCCCUGAGACAAGUGACACAGCAGCAUCUUCUGAAGGAACAAGCACCAAAUAAGCCACAUUGAUGUCGCUCCCACAUUGAUACUCAUCUCCUGUAUGUGUAUAGCAAUUGUUUACUCAUCUGUUACAUCAUUUUUGGAAGCAUAUACAAAGAGAACAAACUGUUCACAACAUUGUUCAAAGUAUAAAGAAAGAGAACAAACAUUGUUAAAAAAGUGAAGAUUACCAUACUUUACUGAAAAUCAUCAGUUUUUUGUAAAAAUGACAAUGGAUCUCAUUUAAACAUCGUUGAUUCACUGUCAUUUUCAGUAUUCAGAAAUUCCAAGAUUCUCUCUAAACCUGAUAAACAAAAGCUGAGUAGCCUGGGCACUGAGUCAGACAAAUAUGGUAAUCUUUUGACUUUGAAUCCUUGAAGUCAACUUGUGUCACUGAUCACAAAUUUUUUUUUUUAUUAAAUUUGAUAAAGACGUGUAGCUAAUGGGAAAUUAUUUUUAUUUGGUUCAAAAUUAACAAAGUAAAUAACAAUGUAGUACAAUGUACUAGAAAUUAGGGGGCAAAAUGUAUAACAAAGAGUUAUGAAUGAAUAAUGUGAAAACUAAACUUCACAAGUAAUAUUAUGAUAGUAAAAGAGUUGCCAUGACAAAGUGUGUUUGUCAGCUUCUAGGAUUGCUUAUGCUAUUUUAAAAAAAAUGAAAUAACUGAAAUUUAAGCUUGGAACUAUAAAAUAUUUUAAUAAUCAAAAUUAAUAUUUUAAAAAAUUUCAGUGAAAUGAGACCUUGUCUGUGCACUUUAUAUGUCUUAUUUGCUGUAAAUUACCUGUAUAUGUAGGAAAUAAUUGGGAGAACAAAAGUGCCUUUCUAUUGUUAGUCUUCCAUUGUAUAUUUAGUUUAUUGGCUUAACUUGAUAAAAUGAACCAUCAAUGACAUUUCUCUGAUUUUAACUAAACUUUUUCUUGUAAAAUAGUCAUAUGUGAAUGAAUAGAUAGUUUAUUUGUAAUUAGUGAGUCUCUUCACCCUAUGAAAAAAGACAGACUGUCUCUGGUACUAUUGGUAGUUAUCAACAGAAGGCAAAAAACUGUGUCUAUAUUCUUUGAGCAAAUAGUGAUUUGUUCCUUCACAUGCAAAUUUGCUGCCAUUUUAUUCCCAGUGUGCAUCAGGCCUAAACUUCCUGUUUCUUUAAAACAAAUAAUGAUUACUUAAUCGAUGAUGUCAUAAGUAUUUAUGAUGUCAUAUUCAUUUAAUGUAAUUAAUUGCCUUGCCUCAUUAUUCACAUAAAUGAUAAACUAUGCAAGUAACAAAGUAACAAUGGCAGUACUUCCUCCUACUUUAUUUAAUUUUGUGGGGGGUGUAUAGAUCCUACUUAGAUUGCAAUUUGACAAACUGUCUUCACCUAAUGCAUUGCUUUUUUUCUAGUCUUUGAAAUUUGCUGUUUUAUUAAAAAUGCAUUUACUUUAGUUAUAUACGUCCAUUCCUCUUUUUAUCUCCACCUUCUAUUUACAUCUUUUGUAAUUUUUAUGGAACUGUACAUGUACAUUUGUGACACUCCUUUUUCACUUAUGUUUUAUUAUCAAUUGUCUGAUUUACUCAUUUUAUGGUGAUGUUGAACACAGCAUUUUUUUUUUAAAUUUGAAGGUAAGAUAUACAGUGGUGUUUUAAUUAAUAAGAAUUUUAACUUUUUUCUACUGAAAUUAGAUUGGAAUAACAGAUUUUACAAAUAGUGAGACAAAUUAAUUCCCAAGAUUACUGGUCAGUUAGUUUUAAAAUGCUAAAUAAAUCUGAGUAAUGUCAUAUACUGUAUUUUGCUAAUCAAUAUUGCUUUCAAAUCAAUGCAAGAAUUCGUGUGAAUCAAAUAUAUAUGUUAUUAAGAAUGCUUCAAUUCCUAGCCAUCUACUCAUGGUUAGCAUGUGUUACUGGAUUGUAUAUAAUGGAAUAAUGUAAACUACUUAUUUGGAUUUUAAUUUUACCUUGUAAUCAGUUUUUUUUAUUUCAUCAAUAUUUGUACUAUCAGACUUUUUAGAUAAUAUUGUAAUCAUUUAAAUUUCAUGAGGGACAAAUUCCAUGAAUUUGAGGAGUUUGGAGGGUGAAUUUGGCGCAUUAAACAUUUCUAUGAGGUGCUAGAGAGAUGCAGUGAACAUUUAUCUAGGGUCCUAGAGUCACAGUGAACAUUUAUCUAGGGUCCUGGAUAGUCACAGUGAACAUUUAUCUAGGGUCCUGGAUAGUCACCGUGAACAUUUAUCUAGGGUCCUGGAUAGUCACAGUGAACAUAUAUCUAGGGUCCUAGAGAGUUGGAGUGAACAUUUAUCUAGGGUCCUGGAUAGUCACAGUGAACAUUUAUCUUGGGUCAUAGAGAGUCACAGUGAACAUAUAUCUAGGGUCACAGUGAACAUAUAUCUAGGGUCACAGUGAACAUAUAUCUAGGGUCACAGUGAACAUAUAUCUAGGGUCACAGUGAACAUAUAUCUAGGGUCACAGUGAACAUAUAUCUAGGGUCACAGUGAACAUAUAUCUAGGGUCACAGUGAACAUACCGUAUAUCUAGGGUCCUCGAGAGUCGCAGUGAACAUUUCUCUAGGGUUCUGGAUAGUCACAGUGAACAUUUAUCUAGGGUCCUAGAGAGUCGCAGUGAGCAUUUAUCAAGGGUUCUCAACUUCUGGAUAGUCACAGUGAACAUUUAUCUAGGGCCCUGGAUAGUCACAGUGAACAUUUCUCUGGGGUCCUAGAGAGUCGCAGUGAGCAUUUAUCAAGGGUUCUCAACUUCUGGAUAGUCACAGUGAACAUUUAUCUAGGGUCCUAGAGUCACAGUGAACAUUUAUCUAGGGUCCUGGAUAGUCACAGUGAACAUUUAUCUAGGGUCCUAGAGAAUCGCAGUGAACAUUUAUCUAGGGUCACAGUGAACAUAUAUCUAGGGUCACAGUGAACAUAUAUCUAGGGUCACAGUGAACAUAUAUCUAGGGUCACAGUGAACAUAUCGUAUAUCUAGGGUCCUCGAGAGUUGCAGUGAACAUUUCUCUGGGGUCCUAGAGUCGC